AUGGAGGCUUUAGAUACUCCUCAAAUAAUUACACAUAUUGAACAUAACAUAAAUCAUUCCAUAUUUGAUUGCAAGUGGAUACCAUGUUCCGCCAAGUUUGUUGUAAUCGGUACUUAUCCAAAGGGAACUGGUACUAUUAAGAUUUUUGAAAUCACGUCUGGAGAAAUUCAGCGGGUUAAGGAAAUUGAAAGACCCAAUUCAUUUAAAUGCGGGACAUUUGGAGCCAGUAGCGACGUUGAGAGAAGAUUAGCGACCGGUGAUUUCAAAGGGACAUUGGAAAUAUGGGAUUUGGAGAAGAGCUGCCAAGUUUAUAUUACGAAAGAGCAUACAGACAUAAUAAAUUCAAUAGAUGGGAUGGGAGGAAAUUCAGUCAACUGUGGUGCACCUGAAAUUGUUACUGGAAGUAAGGAUGGCACAGUUAAAAUAUGGGAUCCACGCCAAAGAGGAAAGCCAGUGGCCAACAUGCAGCCUGUGAAAGGAGAGACUAGACGUGAUUGCUGGACUGUAGCGUUCGGCAACUCGUUCAAUGAUGCCGAGAGAAUUGUCACCGCUGGUUACGACAACGGAGACUUAAAAAUGUUCGACUUGCGUACCAUGUCGCUUAGAUGGGAGUGCAAUUUGAAAAAUGGGGUAUGCAGCGUCGAGUUUGACCGCAAAGACAUUCCAAUGAACAAGUUAGUAGCAACAACUUUGGAGGGGAAGUUCCACGUGUUCGACGUCAGAACACAAAAUCCAAGCAAAGGAUUUGCACAGGUGCUUGAUAAUACAACCAAAAGUGGCACAAUAUGGGUAGCGCGCCAUCUACCGCAAAAUCGGGAUUUGUUUAUAACAUGCGCUGGCACUGGUCAAGUUUCUCUUUGGAAGUACGAGUACCCCGAACACCGAUAUCACGUAGACCACCAGGGCGUGGCUUGCGGCGUUCCAGGUAAGCUCAAACGACUCCAGCGUAUGGUUCUUAGUACUCAACCUAUAAAUGCUCUCGAAUGGAACAAGGACCAUCUAGGACUGGCUGUGGCCACCGCAUACGAUCAAUACGUAAGGAUCCUAAUUGCUACUAAACUUAAUGUGCAAUGUUAG